AUGGAUUUCCACCGGCGCCGGCUCGCCUUCGCGGUAGAGUCCACCCCUACCCUACUUCGCCGAGCUACAGAUGUUGUCGCUUCGGCAACCUCCUCUAUUUCUGCAGCAGAGGAGACCAUCGCCCCUUACGAUCAUGGCCUGAACGGCGUUGCCCAGACAAACAACAUGAUCUUUAAGCAGGGCCUGUGGUGGACGCUGGGCGGCUUUGGCUUCAUCAUCCUGUUGGUCAGGAUAUACCAGAUCGCUUGGGCCCACAUCCGACAGGUCUCGGCCAUGUCCGUCGACGGAGAGAAGCAGACCUACUGGAAGUACGCACAGGCACACUGGAUGCCGUCCUUCAAACAGGACUUCUGGUAUGCCCCGCUCUGGAAUAAGCGGCACAACCGCGAGAUCAGACUCUCCUCCGCCAUGAACAUGGGCACAUUGCCCUCGAGGAUGCACUUCAUCCAGCUCGCCCUCUACAGCAUCAGCAACCUCGUCUAUCUCUGCUACGUGGAUUGGUGGAACCCCAACAAGUACUCGCUGUGCGCAGAGAUCCGAGGUCGCUCUGGGACGUUGGGCGCGGUCAAUAUGCUCCCGCUGUUCCUCUUUGCGGGCCGCAACAACCCGCUGAUCUCGUGGCUCAAGAUCAGCUUCGAUACCUACAACCUCUUCCACAGGUGGCUUGGCAGGCUGGCGGUGGUCGAGAUCCUCAUCCACCUUCUGGCCUGGUCGAUCGUGCAGCUGACGGCCACGGGAUGGGCUGGGCUGAUGGACCGGGUCUUCCAUGACCCCUUCAUCGCAUCGGGAACCGCCGGCACUUGGGCCAUGUUCCUCAUCCUCAUCCUGUCUCUCUCGCCGAUCCGCCACGCUUUCUACGAGACCUUCCUCACCACCCACAUUAUCCUGGCCUUCAUCACCCUCGUCGCCUCCCUCAUCCACUGCUUCACCCCCAGCGAGAUCCCCACUGGUCUCCCCCAGCAGACCUGGUUCAUGGCCAUGUUCAUUAUCUGGAUGUUCGACCGCACCGCCCGCAUGGUCCGUCUGACCUACUGCAACUGGUCGCACCGUGGCUUUACCGAGGCCAUCGUGGAGGCGAUGCCCGGCGAGUGCUCUCGCGUGACCAUGCACCUGCCCCGUCACGUCGACAUCAAGGCCGGCUCCCACGCCUACAUCCGAUUUGCUGGCAUCAAGCCUUGGGAGAACCACCCAUUCUCGAUUGCCUGGGUCGAUCACCACUCCGAGGAGCUGCCGACGGACGAGAAGGAGCUUAUGAUCCUUAAGAAGAAGACAACAACCUCCGUCUCCUUUGUCAUCGGCGCCCAGACAGGUUUCACCCGAGACCUCUACAACAGGGCCAGCGAAGCGCCCAACGGUGCCAUCAGGACUCGUGCCGCUAUGGAGGGGCCUUAUGGCGGCCACCACGAGCUCGACAGCUACGGCCACGCCGUCCUUGUUGCGGGCGCCACCGGCAUCACCCAUCAGCUCAGCUACCUGAAGCCGUUGAUCGAGGGCUACAACGAGGGCAGCGUCGCCACUCGCCGCAUCACCCUCAUCUGGAUCGUCCGUGACUACGAGGCGCUCGAGUGGAUCCGGCCGUGGAUGGACGAGGUGCUGCGGAUGCCGAACCGUAAGAAGAUCCUGACCAUCAAGCUCUUCAUCACCAGACCCAAGAACAGCAAGGAGAUUGUCUCUGCCAGCACGACCGUGCAGAUGUUCCCCGGGCGGCCCAACAUUCCACUGCUGAUCCGUAAGGAGGUUCACGCGCAGAUGGGCGCCAUGGCGGUCACUGUGUGCGGGCCGGGCGCGCUAGCCGACGAUGUCAGGUCAGGUGUGAGGCAGGUGCAGGACGAGGGCACUGUGGUGGACUUCUUCGAGGAGAGCUUCACCUGGUAG